AUGGCAACUGACCUUUGCUACACGCUUGUUUAUCAAGAUGACGCGACAGAAACACCCUCCCUUCAAGAAUUUCAGAGAGCUUUUGAAAAGGGUUCUGACGAAACUCGCAUCGAAACAAUGAAAAAGUUACUUGUCAUCAUGUUAAAUGGAGAUCCCAUGGAAAAGCUUUUAUUACAUGUCAUUCGUUUUGUUUUACCAUCUAGAAACAAGCAAUUGAAAAAAUUAUUGCAAUUUUAUUGGGAAAUAUGUCCAAAGACAAAACCGGAUGGAAAACUUAAAGAUGAGUUUAUUUUAGUCUGUAACGCUCUUAUGAAUGAUCUUCAACACCCUAAUGAAUAUAUUCGAGGUUCAACUCUUCGUUUUUUAUGUAAAAUUAAAGAACCUGAGGUUCUUGAGCCUCUUGUUCCUUCUGUCAGAGCUUGUUUGGAACAUCGCCACUCUUAUGUCAGAAAGAAUGCUGUAUUUGCUAUUGGUUCCAUUUACAAGACAUUUGACCAUCUCUUUCCAGAUGCACCUGAAGUAGUUCAAUCCUUUUUACUCUCGGAAGCUGAUAUGACAUGUAGACGUAAUGCUUUUGUUGUCUUAUGCAAUGUAGAUCAAGCUCUUGCUGUUCAAUAUUUAUUACAAGUUAUUGAUUCUGUACCUACUUUUGAUGAAUUAUUGCAAUUAGCUGUUAUAGAAUUAAUUCGUAAAGAUUCUAAAAACAGUUCCGCAAACAAGGCGGCUUAUAUUCGUUGUUUAUCCGAACUUUUGGCUGCUGCUUCUCAUUCUGUUAAAUAUGAAGCUGCAGCCAUUCUUUUAUAUUUAACUACAAGCCCUGCUGCUGUUAAAGCUGCUGCUUCUUGUUAUAUUGAGCUUAUUGUUAAGGAGUCUGAUAACAAUGUAAAGCUCAUUGUUCUUGAUCGACUUGAAGAGAUUAGAAAUAAGCAUGAUCGCGUAUUAGAUGAUUUAGUUAUGGAUAUUCUUCAAGUUUUAAAUAGUCCUGACAUUGAUGUUCGUCGUAAGGCUAUUCGUAUUGCAUUAGAAAUGGUUUCUUCGAGAAAUGUCCAAGAAGUUGUUCUUUUCCUCAAAAAGGAAUUAACAAAGACCCAAGAUGAUGCAUAUGAAAAGAAUGCUGAAUACCGUCAACUUUUGAUUCAAUCUAUUCAUACGUGCGCUAUUAAAUUCUCAGAAGUUGCAGCUAAUGUCGUUCAUGUUCUUAUGGAAUUCUUAGGCGAUUCUAAUAACCCAGCUGCUGUAGAUGUUGUUUCAUUUGUACGUGAAGUAGUUGAAAAAUUCCCUGGAUUAAGAGAAUCAAUUUUGGAAAAAUUAUUAGAUAUAUUUACAGAUAUGAAAUCAGGAAAAGUAUUCCGUGGUGCACUUUGGAUUAUUGGUGAAUAUUGUGAAACCGUAAAAGAAAUUGAUGAUGCAUGGAAACAAAUUCGUCAAGCCUUAGGUGAGAUUCCAUUAUUAGCUUCAGAACAAAAAUUAUUAGAUGCUGCAGAAGCUGCAGAAGAUGAAGAAAAGGAAGGAGAAAAAUCAACUACUACUGUUCCUUCGGGUGCUGCUGCUCCUCGACGUAUUCUCGCUGAUGGAACUUAUGCUAGUGAAAGCGCUUAUACUGAAUCUUCUGCUGCAGCAUCAAGAUUAGAAGCUGUCAAGACAGCAAAGAAACCACCCCUUCGUUCACUUAUCCUUGCUGGUGAUUAUUUCUUAAGUACUGUUCUUUCAACCGCUCUUACAAAAUUAGUACUUCGUUAUAGCACACUUGUUGAUGAUGCUACGCUUGUAAAUACUCGCCAGGCUGAAGCAAUGUUAAUCAUGACAAGUAUUUUACGAGUUGGUCAGUCAAAAUUUGUUACUUUUGAGAUUGACGAGGAUUCCUAUGACCGUAUUAUGCAAGACUUGCGUAUAGUUGGCACAGCAGGUGAUGAUAAUGAAAACAACACAAAGAUCAAUGCUGUAUACCUUCAAGAUACACGUGAAGUUUAUAGUAAGCAACUUCAAACAGAAGAUAAACGUUUAGCAGAUGCUAAAGCUGAAAAUGAAGCCAGUGUUCAGGUCCAAGUAGAUGAUGUGAUUGCGUUCCGUCAAUUUGAAAAGAAAUCAGGAGGUAUUGCUGAUGAAUAUGAUAAAGACCUCUCUCGGGCUACUGGUACAUUGGAUGAUAAAAAUGAUUUAAUGUCCAAAUUGAAUCGUAUUGUUCAACUUACUGGCUUCUCUGAUAAGGUUUAUGCUGAAGCAGUUGUUAAUGUGCAUCAGUAUGAUAUUUUGAUGGAUGUUUUGAUUGUAAAUCAAACAAACGAAACUUUACAAAACUUGACAGUUGAAUUUGCUACCUUGGGUGAUUUAAAAUUAGUAGAUCGUCCUGCUACACAUAAUUUGGCACCUCAUUCCUUCUUAACUGUGAAGGCACCUAUUAAGGUUUCUUCUACAGAAACUGGUGUUAUCUUUGGUAAUAUUGUUUAUGAUUCUCAUGGUUCUACUGAAAAUUGUGUUGUCUUAAAUGAUAUACACAUUGAUAUUAUGGAUUAUAUCAAUCCUGCUUAUUGUAAUGAGACUCAAUUCCGUUCCAUGUGGACAGAGUUUGAAUGGGAAAACAAAGUUAACGUUAAUACUACUAUUAGUGACUUGAGAGAAUAUUUGCAACAUAUUAUGGACUCAACUAAUAUGAGUUGUUUAACACCCAAGAGGCAAUUGGAAGGAGAUUGUGGAUUCUUAUCAGCUAAUAUGUAUGCUAGAAGUAUCUUUGGUGAAGACGCACUGGCAAACUUGAGUAUAGAAAAGAGCGGUGAUGGACCUAUUACUGGUCAUAUUCGUAUUCGUUCAAAGACUCAAGGUAUUGCUUUAAGUCUUGGUGAUAAAAUUACAUUAGCACAAAAGAUAGUUGCUUAA